AAACAUUUCAAAACGCUACUAAUAUUCUUUCUGGUGUUUACUAUCCUACUACUCAACUUGUGGUCAGUCAAUGUAUAGCUAUAAUGUGGGGUUUUAAAGAUAUUUAUGACUUAGAACCUUUUAAAUAUUCUGGUCUAGUAGAAGAUAUGUUACAAAAAUGGCUAAAAUAUUAUUAUUAUAUUCCCGAUACAUUUUUAAUUGCACGUCUGUUACAUCCUACAGUUCGUGAGCAAGGUUUGUUAAAUCAACUUAAUAUGUACUAUGAUUAUAUGUAUCAAUUGCCACUGCCGAGUGGGGUCCCGUCUUACAGGGACAAACCUAACAUACCGCAGCUCGUCGAGCAAGCAAAAAAUUUGUUGUAUGACAUGUUCAGGGAAACAGCGAUCGCACAUGGAGAGUCUCCCAGCACAUUUGUUCGUAGCAGCGGCGCAAGCGGCAGCGG